ACAAGUUUAAAAUGAUCGUUGAAUACGACUGUUUGCUGCUAUGUAACUCGUAGAAGUUGUAGAUGCAACGGCCUGUAAUGCCUGAGAGUGGUAUUUCUCUUGUGCCCCUUCUACGCGUGCACGAUAAGAUUCGCGCUGAUGAGCGUCUAUAUCUCUAUUUAUAACAUGCUAUGUCACCAAUCGCGCAGUCGUUCGUUCUCGGACAUGCUGAUCACGAUGGAGUCGUCGUUCUUUCUGUCGUCGUUAUUCUCGUCGCCCUUUGCGAUUUUGUUGACCACUUUGGUCACAAUCGGCGUGUUGAGGGCCAUCUCCUAUCUGUAUUAUAAAAACACGUAUUGGAAGAAACGAGGUGUCCCUUAUAUACGCAUGAUUCCUGCUAUGGAAAUGUCCUGGAAGAUGUUUCUGCGACGCAUAACCGUCAUUGAGUUCAGCCAAUUUAUCCACAACUAUAUGCCGGACGCCAAGUACAUCGGCCACAUGGACAUGGGCACUCCUACCGUCUUCCUGCACGAUCCUGAGCUGAUCAGGGACGUGAUGGUGAAGGACUUUGACUACUUCCCGGAUCAUCGCAUCGGGAGCGAAGAGAUAGAUCCGUUGUUCAGUAAAAACGUCUUCGCCUUGCGCGGUAACCGCUGGAAAAAGAUGAGGAACACGCUGAGCCCUUCCUUCACCGCUAGUAAGAUGAAGGCCAUGUUCGAACUAAUAUCCAAAUGUUCCCGCGAGUUCGUUGAAUACUUGGCCGAUCAUCCAGAGCUGUGUUCUUCCAUCGACACGAAAGAAGCCUUCAGGCGAUAUACCACCGACGUGAUCGCCACAUCGGCCUUCGGCAUCAGCGUUAACUCUAUGAAGGACAGGGACAAUGAGUUUUUCAUCAAGGGAAUCGAGGCCACCCAGUUUGGUAACUUCAAGUCCAUGCUAAAGUUCAUGCUUUUCCGUGCGUUUCCGCGACUGGGAAAAAUGCUAGGUAUAAGCCUCUUCCGGCCGGCCAUGUCGCAGUUCUUCAAGAAUAUCGUAGCGGAGACCAUCAGAGUCCGGAAAGAACAAGGUAUCGUCCGGCCAGACAUGAUUCACUUGUUGAUGCAAGCUCAAGAUAAGGAGAAUCCCAGUGUGCAUGAGAUGACGCUGGACGACAUUGUUGCACAAGCCUUUAUCUUCUUCUUCGCCGGUUUCGAGACGUCGUCGACUCUCAUGUGCUUCAUCGCCCAUGAGCUCGCGGUGCAUCAGGACAUCCAAGAACGCCUGUGGGAGGAGGUGGAGAAGCACUUCGUCGAGGAUAACGGCGAGAUCACCUACGAGACAUUGUCGAAGAUGGCUUACAUGGACAUGGUAGUGUCGGAGGCUCUGCGGAAGUAUCCGCCGAUGACGUUCAUUGACAGGCUUUGCGUUAAGAAAUACGAGCUUCCGCCGGCGAAGGCCGGUUACAAGAGCGUCGUCGUCGAACCCGACUGCGCGAUGAUGGUAUCUGCUUACUCAUUGCACCAUGAUCCAAAAUAUUUCCCGAACCCCUCCAAGUUUGACCCCGAGAGGUUCAGCGACGAGAACAAGGACAACAUCGUGCCGUACACGUAUGUGCCGUUCGGCCUCGGGCCCAGGAAGUGCAUCGGCAAUCGCUUCGCCCUCAUGGAGACGAAGCUGUUGGUAGCUCACCUUCUUCAGAAAUUCGUUUUUAAAACUACGGAGAAGACUGUCGAGCCCGUCGUGUUUGAUAAGGAGCAGUUUUUCUUGCAGCCUGAUGGUGGAUUUUGGCUCGCCUUAGAGAAGAGGCAGAAAUGAAACCGAAUAUCGUAGGAGGGAAGGAUAGUGUUUUGUAUAGAUUUAGUCAUUCUAUAAUU